CAGAAUUUUCAAUUUUCCCUUCACAUAACGUUACCCAUUUUUCCUCUUUCAAAUUUUACCUUUCACUUUCUCACUCUUUUCCUUCAGCAACCCCUUUCAGCCACCAUCACUCAACACUGAACACCACAGCAAUUAAAGCUAGCUUCUAUCAUUUUCAAUUUUCACCCACUCAACAAAAAUGGGUGAAAAACUCAAAAUCUAGCUCAGUUUUCAGUGAAAUGUAGCUGAAAAAUCAAAAAACUCUCACUCUUUCUAGGGUUUUGCAUUGGAAGUUCGAACUUUCAAACCAAGUCAAGUUGGAAAAAAAAUCACUUUCUUUAAUCGAUUCUGGUGAGAAAGCAUUGACCUGAGAGGUUUGGAAUGUCGGGCCCACCCAGAGUUCGAUCCAUGAACGUGGCCGUCGGCGACCAUGAGGCGCGCCCGGUGCUGGUCCCGGCUUGCAACAAGGCUCGGCCUGCCGCCGUCGAUGGGCGGAAGCCGGUGAAGAAAUCGGUGCUGGAGACGGAGAAGGAGAAGAAGCCGGUGGCGCAUCCGAACCCGCCGCAGCGUGUGUUGGUGUCGCCGGUGGUUUCGAGGCGGCAGGAUCAUCAUCACCUUGCUGUGCUGAAGAACCUGUCGAUGAGUGCUUCGUGCUCCUCGGAUGCGUCGUCUACGGAUUCUUCCACGCAGAGCAGUGGCGCGUCGUCGAGCGGGAAGGUGGCUCGGCGCGUGAGGAAGAAGCAGGCUGGUGCCAGGACGGAGAAGGUGAGCGCUGACAAUGUGGCCGUGGCGGCUUCAUCUGUUGACGCAGAUUCAACUGAUGGCUUAGAGAGCAAGAAAAGGUGUGCUUGGGUUACAGCGAAUACAGAACCAUGCUAUAUUGCUUUUCAUGACGAAGAGUGGGGAGUUCCUGUUCAUGAUGACAAGAAACUAUUUGAGUUGCUCAGCUUCUCUGGAGCCUUGGCUGAACUUACGUGGCCUACCAUUCUUAGCAAAAGGCAGUUAUUUCGGGAAGUCUUUUUGGAUUUUGAUCCAAAUGUUGUUUCAAAAAUGAAUGAGAAGAAGAUAGUUGCACCAGGGAACUCUGCCUGCACGUUGCUAUCAGAGCUGAGGUUGCGAUCAAUAAUUGAAAAUGCACGUCAAAUGUGUAAGGUAAUUGAGGAGUUUGGGUCCUUUGACACAUUUAUUUGGAACUUUGUGAAUAAUAAGCCAAUAGUCAGCCAGUUCCGGUACGCGCGCCAGGUGCCAGUCAAAUCUCCGAAAGCAGAAUUCAUAAGUAAAGACCUUGUAAGGAGAGGAUUCAGGAGCGUGGGACCAACAGUCAUCUAUACUUUUAUGCAAGUAGCUGGUCUAACAAAUGACCACCUUAUCAGUUGCUUCAGAUUCAAGGAGUGUACCUCCAAUGCAGAAACAGUGAACAAAGAGAGCUCCCUCAACUCUAAGGUCAAAGAGAAGGCCAAUGAGGAGGAGCCUAAUGAGAUGGGUCUGUUGCUAGCUGUGAACAAGUUGAACUUCACCUCUAAGUAGUUUCAGGACUUCGGUUAAUGAAUGGUCAUGUGGUGGAUUUCAGGGGAGGUGGGUAGGCUGUGGAAUGUACAAAUCCAUACAGAUUUGAAUGCAAUAGCCCGAAGGCAGUUGUAUUUGUUUGAAAAGUAAAAUGACCUUUGUCCUUCAAGUUCUCAUGUAUGAAAGAUAUGCUGAAAUCGUUGCAGUUGUAGUUA